GUUAAAAGUAGAGAGAGAGAGAGCUAAAAUCCAUGGGAGGAGGAGUCAACUGUUUCUGGUUCCAGCUCUUCAUCGCUCUCUCCCUCACCACCAUCGCCCGAUCCGAGGAUGAUUGUGUGUACACUGCGUACAUUAGAACCGGGUCGAUCAUCAAGGGAGGAACAGACUCCAUCAUCAGCCUGACCCUGUACGACGAAGACGGGUGGGGGAUCCGGAUCUCGAACCUGGAAGCCUGGGGCGGGUUAAUGGGUCCGAACCACGACUACUUCGAGAGAGGGAACUUGGACAUCUUCAGCGGGAAAGGCCCAUGUCUGAAUGGGCCGGUCUGCUCAAUGAACCUGACUUCAGACGGGUCCGGCCCACACCACGGCUGGUACUGCAACUACGUGGAGGUCACCACCACUGGGCCCCACAAGCCCUGCUCCCAGCAACUCUUCACGGUCGAGCACCCCCACCCCUUAAAGCCACUUAUAGCUUAA